CUGAGCGACUGACUGGGUUACUGGGACCCCGCGGGGGGGAGAUUCCGUCGUGCCCCCCAGAGUUGGGCAGGGAGUCAUUGUCCUUCAGGGAUGGAGCCACCAGGAAAUGCCACCUUGUGCCGCCCCUACACUCUCCACACCUUCAUCCCAGUCUUCCUCAGCUUCAUCUUCUCCGUUGGGUUCCUGCUGAACUGCCUGAGCCUGUGGGUGUUCUGGUUCCGGAUCAAGCCAUGGAACCCGUCCAUCAUCCUCCAGUUCAACUUGGCCAUUUCCGACGCCGUCAUCUCCCCGGCGGCUCCGAUGCUUCUAAUCUACUCGUUCUCCGACCACUGGAGCUUCGGGACCUUCGCCUGCCAAUACUCCGUCUUCUCCCUCAGCACCAACAUGUACGGGGGGGUUUACUUCCUCACCCUCAUCGCCAUCCAUCGCUACUGCACCAUCGUCCAUAGUGGGAAAUGGAACGUUCUGGCCAAAAACUCCUUCAUCACCAAACUCUGCCUCGGGCUCUGGGCCUUCCUCUUCCUUCAGGGGCUGCCAUUUUUCUUCGUAUUGAGAACAUCGGUUAUUGACGGGGCCACAAAGUGUCUCAGUAUCCACCAGACGGAACAGGUCCUGUUAUUCUUUAUCUGGAACUGGGCCAUAACCAUCCUUGGGCUGUUGGUUCCAUUUCUCCUCACCGUGCUGUGCUACAGCCUCCUGAGCCAACACAUCCUCAGAGCCAACCCCAUGAACCCCCAGAGCCAAACCAUGAUCUCCAGAUCCCUCGUGACCAUAGGGGUGUCCCUCACAAUAUUCAUUAUCUGCUACAUUCCUGUCCACAUCACCAGAACCGCCGGAGUCACCAUUAAGCUCUUCAGCCCAGAGUCCUGUUCUCUCCUGGUCAAGACGGAGGCUGUCUAUUACUUCAGCUGGAUGCUCUCGGUGGCCAAUUGCUGCAUAGACCCGGUGCUCUACUGCUUUGCCUCCAACAGGUUUCGGAAAGUCUUUAUGACCUGGGCCAACUGUCUGUAUCGCCCCAAUGGAAGAAAUCCAGGGGUCGGAGCCCAAACAGGAGCAACGGCUUCAGAGGAACCUCCCACCAGGGUUCUUCCUACAUUGAAGACCACAGACAUAACAGUAUCUGCAGUUACUGACAGCCACGGGCUCUAGGGAUGGGUGGCCCCUCAGAAACACAUCCAGCUAUGGACAACAUAUAACUAAAAACCCAUUAGUACUUCACUAUUCCAGUCCAAAGUCCACCUCCACCCCUAGGGUUCUGAAGCACCUUCAUGGUUUGACCCAUAGAGAAUUCCAAUAAAGAAACUUCUAGAGUUAAAUGGGUUCCUCAGCACUGAUUUCAUGCAGAACCUGAGAUGUUGGACAACCAACUUUUGGUCAGAGCCCCCCCCCAGCUAAUAAGAAGGUUGCAUCAGUGCAUCAGUCAUUCAGCAAUACUCACCCAAACCCUCACCCUGGCCCCUGAGGUGGGCUUCCUUGUCCAUCGAGGAACCCGUAGGCAUUCCCUGGGGUGUAGCCCACAGAGGGAACCAUGGAGCAAUCUCUCGAUCGAAGGUGGUGGUAGUUUCAUGGUUCCCCGGCAUCAGCUGGGCACGGGGGGGUUCUGACACUUGGCCGGUCACACUUACCCCAUUAUGGUCUGAUGAAGCCGCCACAUUCCAGGAUGUGCAAGGAAUCGAAAAAUGUCCCACUUUGUCCCCCUUACACCCAAAAUUCCUUCAUCUCAGCUUUCCUCAAUGUUCUCUUCUCCAUUGGGUCUCCUGGUUCUGUACCAAGCAAUGGACAUCAUCAACCAGUUCCAACCCCAACAUUGCCCCCUGUGCCCCAGUGAUACACUUCCUGUCUGGUUCUGCUAAUAUAUAAUUUGGGCUGGUGGCUAGUACUUCAUAGACUAUUGCCCCUCCUACAGUCUAUUGCCCCAUUCCUGGUCCAUCUGCACGAGGUUCCCUGCUGCCCCACUCUGGCCGGACCCAAGUACUAUUAUACAAUUUUCACCAGUUCCACGUUGGCCAAACACACGCGGUUCUGCUCUACGAAGUGCUGUACACAGAACCUCAAACAGAAUUAAUUAAUGAUAUUGACGUGCGUAUAGAGUGAGGCCCACAGCAGCCCCAGCGCGGGGUUAAUAACGUGCCAUGAAACCAAUCGGAUGUCACCCAAUCCCCUCUUACAUAGUUAAUGAUCAGCAGCCUGGAGCUGGGAGUCACCGUUACAGCACGCACACCGACCCGGGUGAUGAUCCAACGCAACACGAUG